AUGCGAAUUUUCGUGAAUCCGCCUCCUUACAAAGUGGAACCAAGAAGGAAGUCAGCAUUUGCCAGAGGCUCUGUCUACUGGUUAGAAGUAAGGGCAAGUCACAAUCUACUAGCGUUGGAUCUUCACACCGAAGAGUUUCGCGAUGUCACUCUUCCGCCGAUUCUUUACGAAGCGAACCAGCUAGUGAACCUUGAAGACCGCCUAGCCAUAGCCACACCAUAUACAGAGCCUGAGUGGAAAGUAGAGAUAUUGAUCAUAGAUGAACAAGUGGAAACAUGGAGCAUGGCUUACUCCAUAGGUUUAGCCAACUGUGGAGUCACUUCCCGUCUACCGUGGAAUGUCUGGUUCAGGCCUGUGGGUGUUUGUAAGCAAGGGAAUUUUUUCUUCCAUGACAAUGAGAAGAGGCUCUUCAGAUAUCAACCAGAGACAGACGUGGUUCGUUGCAUCGCUAGAGAGAUCUGUGUCGUGUCUGGUUUUGUUGAGAAUGUUGUCUCGCUUCGUCCGUCUGUUGGUUCAGAGACGUCAGAGUGCAGAUGUGGGUUUCAGUAUCAAGACCUGGUACACAAUCAAGAUCACGUGUCUAAGAUAGACCGAAAGUUUAGUUGGAUCAAAUUCCCACUGCUUACCGGCUUAGUGUCUCUACUCAUUUUCCGAUAUUUUGCUGGUUCGUCUAGGUCUUGA